AUGGCCAACCAAGCUGCCUGGCUGAACAAGGCCGGAACCGACCUCGAAGUCGGCGAUGCCCCCAUUCCCACUGCUGGCCCUGGCGAGAUUGUCGUCAAGAAUGCCGCCGUUGCCAUCAACCCGCUCGACACCCACAUGCAGGACACCGGGGCCUUUGUCAAGCAGUGGCCUACCGUCCUCGGCUGCGACGUUGCUGGGACCGUACAUGAGACUGGGCCGGAUGUCCAGCGCUUCAAGAAGGGCGACCGAGUGAUCGGCCACGCCAUCAACCUGGUCACCGGCCGCCCCCAGGACGGGGCCUAUGCCCUUUACACCGUCGUCCCAGCCGACAAAGCCGCCAUCCUGCCUGAUUCCAUCUCCUUCACCGACGGGGUGGUCGUGCCCGUCGCUUUGGAGGCUGCAGUCUGUGCGCUCUGCGUGAAGGAACCCAGAGAGGCCAUGCCUGGGAUCUCGACUCCCGCUCCUGGACUCCCCUAUCCAUCCCUCGACAAGUCCGAGCCUUUGGGCAAGACCCUUGUCGUCUACGGUGGUUCCUCAUCCGUCGGCUCCAUGACCACUCAGAUUGCAACCGCCAUCGGUCUCAAUGUCAUUGCCGUCUCUGGAGCCCACAACUUCGACCUGAGCAAGCGCUGCGGCGCCACCCAAGUCAUUGACCGCAAGGAUCCUGCCGUUAUCGACAAGGUCGUUGCUGCUGUCGAGGCGUCCGGAAACGAGUUCAUGGGAAUCUUUGAUGCCAUCUCAACCCCGGAAACCUAUGGCAACGAUGCAGCCAUUCUCCAGAAACUCGGCCGAGGCGCCAUCGUUGUUGUCCACCCGCCUCCCGAGGGAGUUCCUUCCCAUGUCAGGGUCGGCUUGCUCUUUGCGGUCAAUGACAUUGCGACUCCCAUCUGGAACGACUUCGUCACCCCUGCUCUGGAGAGUGGCAGGAUCCAGUGUCUGCCUCCCCCGACUGUUGUGGGCAAGGGUCUGGAGGCGAUCAAUGAGGGCUUGAGGAAGUGCAAGGCUGGAGUCAGUGGAACCAAGUUGGUUGUGGAGCUCUAG